AUGGCCAGCAACAGCUGGAUGAAUUUUCACAAAGAGAAUGCACCUGCAAAACCAACAUUUAGCUCGAGAAACAGACAUUACUGCCCCCACAGCCCUUCUCCUGGCAACCUUCUAGUCACCACACUCCACAAAGCCUGGGUCUUGCCUGAAGUUCCAGUCCACAAUCCUAGACUUGUUCCUAUGCGGCACUCUCAGUCCACUCCACGGCCCUCAAGUGGUUUCUUUGUCCGUUUCAGCAGACCCUCCUCACCGUGUCCCUCUCCAGGCAGCCUCCUCUUAUCUAUUUUGGACGUGCUGGGACUUGUCUACACUGUAGGCAUUUGUCAAGGGUUUACAGGUCCUAGUUGUUCCUCAACUUCCGACCCUGUAGGUCAGUCUCCACCUUAUGCUAAUUUAGGAUUGGGGCCACAGCAUGUGACCGCGAUAUGGACGGUCCUGGGAGAGCAGGCUCCACCCCGUGAGGAAGCGGGCGGCCGCUCCGUUGCCAUGGCAGCCGAGAGCACCCCGCGAGCCUCCUCACUGGUCACCAAGCCGAGGUCCCUCCUCCUCCAGCAGAAGAGACCAACCAAGGCAGACCUGAUGAGAAAACAAGUUCAGAGAGGUUAAGAAGGUUCACCAUGUGAAUGUCAGACUUUUUUUUGAGAUGGAGUCUUGCUGUCACCCAGGCUGGAGUACAAUGGCGCGACCUCGGCUCACUGCAACCUCUGCCUCCCCGGUUCAAGCAAUUCUCCUGCCUCAGCCUCCUGAGUAGCUGGGAUUACAGGCAUGCACCACCACACUCGGCUAAUUUUGUAUUUUUAGUAGAAAGGGGGUUUCUCUAUGUUGGUCAGUCUGGUCUCGAACUCCCUAACUCAGGUGAUCCGCCUGCCUCGGCUUCCCAAAAUGCUGGGAUUACAGGCGUGAGCCACCGCGCCUGGUCAAAUGUCAGACUCUUAAUGAUGCAACUGCCGGAAAACCUGACUCAAACUGGUUUGUGCUAAAAAGGGAAUCUACUGGCUCAGGAACCUGAGAACUGCAGGCCUGACUUGAUCUGGAGAUGCCACGACGUCAUGAAGACUCGUAUCCCAGAGUCUUUCUCCUUUGCCUUUGCCCUCUUAGGAAGGAUUUGUGCUCCAUGAGCGUUGCUGCAGCUGCAGGGGCUCAUCAUCCCAAGUUCUAGUGGAGUAGAAAAGAGGCUCUGUCCUUGGGAAUUGUGACACACAUCCCGGGUUUCACUCUAACUGGACAAUUGGGGUCACAUGACCACACAGAUACCAGGGGCAGGGCAGGAAUAAUCCCGUGUUGAUUGGCAAGUCUGUUCACAGGCCCCACACCUGCAGCCUCCCCUGCUCCAAUGGGCUGAAAGGGAAGGAGGGAAGAGGGUUUCCCCAAAGGAGGAAUUGAAGAGAUAUCGAUGAGUGCCCAUUGAUAAUGUCCCAAUGCCAGGGCUUCAGAGCCCACCUCCUGACUCCCUCUGUACCUUCUACUACAGGUGCCAGUCAGGGAGAAAUGGAUUGGAAAGUGAAGCUCUUGAACCUGGGAGGCAGAGGUUUCAGUGAGCGGAGAUGGCACCGCUGCACUCCAGCAUGGGGAACAAGAGCAAAGCUCCAUCUUAGUAGUAAUAAUAAUAAUAAUAAUAAUAAUAAAUGGGUUUGAUCAAAUUCUGAGGAUAAUGAAAAAUAAUCCUGACACCCACUAGAACAUUUCUUGGUGCCACAUCUGGUGCCUGUUCCCAUCCCCUGACCUGGGCUUCUUUUGCUCCCUGGAGGGUCCUUGAAGCCCUUCUGAUUGCUUCAGGCUGGGCCACUGCCGCCAUGGAAGGGCCUCUGGGUUUAGCUGGAGUGAUGCAGUGUCCUGGGGGCCAGCUGCCUCCUGUUUCUCCAGCAGAGGCGAGCUUCCUCGGGGACUGGCACUAUGUUCUCCCUUCCCCUGUGUGUGGUCCCUCUCUGGGACCAGGCAGGAUUUGUGCAGUGGACAGCAGUUGUGAUUUUGAGGGACCCUAGGAAGGCCCUCGCCUACCCCCUGUAUGCCUGUUUUACUUUUUAAAUCCCAUAAUUAGAUGGGGAGAUGGGGUUUCACUUCUUUUAUUCCUGUUAAGAUUCAUAUGCCCCCAGGGGAGAGAGAGAGAG